AUGGCGGAUUACGAUGCCGUGAUUGGCGUUUCACUCGUUGCCAUCCUCGUUGCGUCCCUCGUUCAAUUUUACGUCGAAGCACAACAUGCUGGACUCUGGCACAGGCUGGGGAAAAGCACACGGAAACGAUUUGAACAUGUGAUCCACUUGUGGUCUUGGAUGCGGAACCAGCGUGAUCAGAACCAUGGGCGCUUUCCCGGUGUCGAGUUGGCACCAAAUAGAAGAGACCGCCGACAAGCAGUGGAGGAUGGGACCCGCACCUUGAGAACUUGGCCAUUACUGGGCGUUCAUCUGAGCUUCAUCUCCUGGUAUUCAAUCGCAAUGUUCUUCGCAUGGGCAGCUGUGAGCAUACUCAGUGGAGUGCAGAUGGGUCGAUCCAUAUCAGAAAAAGACAACUUGAAGAUCGACGCUGACAUCGCAGGAACUGGAGUCCUGAUCGGUCUCUUCACACCAGCCAUGCUCACGGCGCUAAAUCUUGUGCUCGGCCACUUCCAUUCCCAAGAUGGAGGGAUUCUGGAGAUCGGCGCAGCGCACUUUGCUAAUCUCUCUUCACUUCUGAUCAACACUCUGAAGGCUCUGUGGUGUGGUUCCAUCGAUCAAUUGUCCGAGGAAGAAAGACUGAUCGCUGCAAUUUCCAUCAAUUUGUGCUGCACAAGCCUACGCAUGAGCUUCUCGGACAAGACUGCUUUAGCGUCUCGGUCAUUCAUGGCUCUAUCAUCAGUGUCGCGCCUGUUCGGACUCAUUUGCAUGUUCAUCCUUCUCGGCAGCAUUGGACACGCAUCAGCUGCGUUCUCGAUCUCAACGUUGCAUUGGUAUGGGGCGAUUCGGUCGCAUGAUGGCACUUACUGGAGCGUAUGGGCUUUGCUCGCAACGAACUGCAUGAUCUGGAUGUCUGACACACUUCUUGUUGCGUACAGGCACACACCUGGCUUUGACAAGGCGCACAAGGCGCAAGAGAGAAACACCUUCCAUGCAUUUCCGACAUUGCGCACGACCGCUCUCUUAAAGCACGUCCAAAGCUUGCCGGUGCUCGUCAUGGACAUGUGGGCGAUUAUGGCAUUGGCACAAGGCUCAGAUCGUGGGAGCUUAGCAGACUGGGGUCAGAGCGCUGCGUUAGCCACAGCCCUGACAACAAUAGCACACUGGGGCUAUCGCGUGCUCUACGACAUUCUCUGGAAGUCCUGGCACAACAAUCGAUGGCUGAACUUCAGCCGGCCGAGUCCUGGGGAGAUUGAUGCUCCAUUGAAUGACACAGGUUAUUGGCCGCGCGAAGCAGCAACCAAGACCAAGCAGGAGCUGCAAGAAGAGCUCCUUGAAGCAUGCCGAACCAACGACAUUACAUGGUUCGAUGAGAUCAUGCAGCAGCUCGAAGACGAAGAUAUCAAUUUCGUGGACCAAGAGACGAAUAGGACUCCACUACUCAUUGCCAUCGAAAACGGGAGCCUGACUUUGAUCAAGGAGCUGAAGGAGAAUCAUCAAGCCUCGUCAGCGUAUCUUGAUACUGAACCGGCCGUUGUGCGUGCUGUUGAGCUCGGAAGGCACAACAUCUUGACUUACCUGAUCUUCGACUCUACCUUCACUGAAGAUCCAUGUCAAUUGUCUCGGAAAGGAACGUCUCCACUGCAGCUUGCAUGCCAGAGUGGGCAUUGGGCUGUGGUCGAGGUCCUACUCCGGCAUCCAGCUGUGACGAAGGAACUCACGUUAGCGGGACGUCGUGGGCCUUUGUGGACAGCACUUACUCUCCCGCAGCGGGACGUUGCGAUCAAGGUGUCUUCACUGCUCCUUUACAAGCUGGACCAAUUGAAUGACUCUAGUGUGUCCUUUGACGCCUUGGUAGACCUCAUUCGCGAUGGGAACUGUGCUGCGAUCCAAAGUUACAGCGAGGUGGCAAUAUCGUCACAACCAUUUCCUAUGAAUCGGAAGGACUCUAACGGAUGGACGCUUUUACACUGGGCUGCAUGGAAAGGCGACAUGGGAAUCUUGGAGGGGGUCUUGAGGCAGAUGCCAGGCACCACUGACGCAACAAUUGUCAAUGAGCCCACGUGUGAUGGCAGGACAGCGCUGCAUGUUGCAGCACAGUAUGCGCCCUCUGAUCUUGCUUUGAGGCUGCUGGAAUUGCCCACAAUCGAGACGGGAAUUCGAGACCAUACUGGGCGGUCAGCACUACCGCUUGCUGCGCAGUUCGGAGCGCUACGCCUUGUGCAAGGACUGCGUAAAUCCGGUGAGCGACCCUUGAACACCCUCAUUUCCGAAUAUGUUCGCGACGGAGUCAAGUAUUCAUCGUACGGCCCAAAGCGGCCACACUUCGAUCAUGAUAUCGAAGGACGCACGCCACUGUCGUACGCCGUAGAGCAAUUACAUUUUGAGAUCAUGGACUUGCUCCUUGAAACUGGUGCUGAUCCAUUCAUUGUGGACACCUCUCACAAGCUACCACUGGCGUAUGCCUAUGCAACGAUCAGGACCAGGCAUCCUUCUUCGCAAUCGUGCCAUCGGCAUCUGCCCAGUGAGACAUCAUGGCCGGAGCCAUCUGGCCGAACCACGACCGAAAAUAUUGUGGACGCUGAGUGGCGUAGCCUUGAGAGGUUCGUGAAACGGUGGAUGCCUUCGAAGGAACGCUUCGAUAUCGACCAGUGGAAGACGGCAUUGAAAGAGAUAGCCGACCACGGCAUGGUUCUCACCGGAGCCAAAACCAGUUUCAUCGAAUGGCUAUGUUGCAAUGGUAUUCUUGAUCCGACUACCAAAACAAUGGCCGGCGUCGAUGCAAAGCGCACUGCAAGUUGCUUUCUAGAUUGUCUGUUAUACUACGUGGCUGAGCAUCGACUGCGAGGCUUGGCGGUUCCGCUCAAUCACUUCAAGUGGAGCACUCACGGCGCCGACAUGAGCUAUCCUUUAGAUGAGUUUGGAGGUCCUUGUGUGGCCAUCUACGCUGCGAAGGCUAUUGAGCUCGGGCACUUGCACCAUGCCAAGUUCCUGGUGGGAGAUGUUGGUAUCGACAUCAAUACGCAUGAAGGCUUGUUGCUCCAUGCAGCCGUUCAAGGACAGCGCGUCGAUGGCGUUGCCUGGGUCUUGAAUUAG